UUGGCUGUUGGACACGCCCCUCCUUCCCGCUCCCUUGGCCCGGCAGGUUGGGGGGCGGCUGGAGCCCCCCACUGCGGCCCAGGCGUCCGGGCCCCACAGCGCCCCACAGCGCCCCACGCCCCGGGUGGGACCCACGCACCCGCGCCCCACAGCGCCCCACACCCCGGGUGGGACCCACGCACCCGCACCCCAUAGCGCCCCGCAGUGCCCCACACCCCGGGUGGGACCCACGCACCCGCGCCCCAUAGCGGCCCGCAGCGCCCCACAUCCCAGGUGGGACACAUAGCGCCCCACACCCCACGUGGGACCCACGCACCCGGGCCCCAUAGCAUCCCACAGCACCCCACACCCCGGGUGGGACCCACGCACCCGGGCCCCACGGCGCCCCACACCUGGUGACAAUGCAGGCCAGCACCAGCCCCUCGGGCUGCCCCACGGACGCCCCAACCGGAGCCGCUGAGGACACCCCCAAGGAGCCGGCGGCAGGUGAGACCCCCGGGACUCCGGGACCCCCGAUCCCUCCCCAGGCCGGAGCCCCCCCCGGCCGCCCCUACAUCUGCAGCGAGUGCGGCAAAGCCUUCGGGCAGUGGUCGAAGCUGGAGCGGCACCGGCGCAGCCACACGGGCGAGCGCCCCAACGCCUGCGGCGAGUGCGGCAAGCGCUUCGCCCAGCGCUCCCACCUGGCCCAGCACCUCCGCACCCACACCGGCGAGCGGCCCUACAAGUGCGGCGACUGCGGCAAAGCCUUCGGCUGGAGCUCCAACCUGGCCCAGCACCGCCGCACCCACACCGGCGAGCGCCCCUACGCCUGCGGCGAGUGCGGCAAGGCCUUCAGCCAGAGCACCAACCUGGUGAAGCACCAGCGCGCCCACGCCGGCGAGCGGCCCUACGCCUGCGGCCAGUGCCGGAAGGCCUUUUACCGCAGCUCCGACCUCCUGCAGCACCAGGCCAGCCACACCGGCGAGCGGCCCUACCGCUGCGGCCAGUGCGGCAAGAGCUUCGCCCAGCGCGCCAACCUCCUCAAGCACGGCAAGACGCACGGCGGCGAGAAGCCCUUCCGCUGCGGCGAGUGCGGCAAAGGCUUCGUGCAGAGCUCGGAGCUCAUCCAGCACCAGCGCAGCCACUCCGGCGAGAAGCCCUUCGCCUGCGGCGAGUGCGGGAAGCGCUUCGGCCACGGCGCCACCUUGGCCAAGCACCGGCGGCUGCACCUGGGGCUGCAGCCCCACCGCUGCGGGGAGUGCGGCCGGGCCUUCGGGCUGCGCUCGGCGCUGGCGCGGCACCAGCGGGCGCACGGCGAGGGGCGGCCCUUCGCCUGCGGCGACUGCGGGCAAGCCUUCGCCCUCCGCUCCAACCUGGCCCUGCACCGGCGGACGCACGCCGGCGAGCGGCCCUACCGCUGCGGCGAGUGCGGCAAGGCCUUCGGCAUGAGCUCCACCCUGGUGCGGCACCAGCGCAUCCACACCGGCGAGAAACCCUACGGCUGCGGCGAGUGCGGGCGGGCCUUCGUCCGGAGCGCCCACCUGGAGCAGCACCGGCGGACCCACACCGGCGAGCGGCCCUACGGCUGCGCCCGCUGCGGCCGGCGCUUCAGCCAGAGCUCCAACCUCAUCACCCACGAGCGGGUGCACCUGGAGGAGGCGCACGGCGCGGCGCAGGGGCGGGCGCCGCGGGGGGCCUUGGAGGGUCACCCGGGCCUGCAGGCCUUGGAGGGUCAACCAGGCUUGGAGGCCUUGGAGGGUCAACCGGGCUUGGAGGCCUUGGAGGGUCAACCAGGUUUUGAGGCCUUGGAGGGUCAACCAGGCUUGGAGGCCUUGGAGGGGAACCCAAAGACCAAGACGUUGGAGGGUCAACCGGGCUUGGAGGCCUUGGAGGGGAACCCAAAGACCAAGACGUUGGAGGGUCAACCGGGCUUGGAGGCCUUGGAGGGGAACCCAAAGACCAAGACGUUGGAGGGUCAACCGGGCUUGGAGGCCUUGGAGGGGAACCCAAAGACCAAGACGUUGGAGGGUCAACCGGGCUUGGAGGCCUUGGAGGGGAACCCAAAGACCAAGACGUUGGAGGGUCAACCAGGCCUGGAAGCCUUGGAGGGUCAGCUGGGCUUGGAGGCCUUGGAGGGUCAACCGGGCUUGGAGGCCUUGGAGGGGAACCCAAAGACCAAGAUGUUGGAGGGUCAACCAGGCCUGGAGGCCUUGGAGGGUCAGCUGGGCUUGGAGGCCUUGGAGGGGAACCCAAAGACCAAGACGUUGGAGGGUCAACAAGGUUCGGAGGCAAUGGAGGGGAACCCAAAGACCGAGGGAUGUGGGGCGCACCAAGGUUCGGAGGCGAUGGAGGGGAAACCGGGCUUGAAGACGCUGGAGGUUCAACCAGGCUUGGAGGUGAUGGAGGGGAGCCCAGAGACCACGGGGUGUGGGGCACCCCACGGUCUGGAGGUGCCGGGGGGGCACCCGACGCCCAGGAGCCUUGGGGUGCACCAAGGGCUGGGGACCGUGGAGGGGCACCCCAAGGCCAGGACCCCCAGGGGGCACCCGUGUCCGGGGGGGCGCCCCAUGGAGGAGCCCCCCGAGGUGCUGGACGCCUGUGGGGCGCAGCAGCGGACCCAGGCGCCCUGAACGGGUGGGGACAGGCUCCUCCCCCCGCAACGCCAUUGGCUACAGGGUGGGUGUG